AUGGAAGAAAAGUCAUUAUAAAACUUAGAAAAACCCACUUAAAAUUAUGAAGAUUAAGAAGUGGCAGAUGGUAAAAUACCAUUUUGGCAUCUAUUUAAACUAGCAUCGAAAACUGAUAUCAUUUUAGUUGUUUUAGGAAGCUUAGCUUCUGUUAUAAAUGGUUGUCUGUAGCCACUUUUUGGUCUACUAUUUGGUGAAAUGGCAUAAAAAUUUAGCCCUGGAUAUAGCGCCGAUGCAGUUGUGGAUAACUGCAGGACUAUUGCAUUAUGGUUUGUUGGAAUUGGAGCAAUAUCAUUUAUACUUUCAAUCUUUAUGAUGUACUUUUGGAUCAGCGUGGGUUAGAGAUAGGCAAUAAAAUUUAGAUUAGAGUACUUUAAGUCUUUGCUCAAAUAAGAAGUAGGUUAUUUUGAUUAAAUUUAGGCAAAUGAGCUUUCAUCUAAAGUAUCUACUGAAUGCUUCAAAAUAUAGUCAGCAUUGGGAGAAAAAACAUGCAUCUUUAUUUAUUCAUUGAGUAUGUUUAUUGGUAGUCUUAUAAUAGCCUUUAUUAGGGGAUGGCAAAUUGCUCUUGUGGCAAUUGCUGUAACACCACUUAUAGCUUCAGCAGGCUACUUUGACUAAUGGGUUUCAGAAGGAAUUGUAAAAAAGACAAGCUCAGCCUAUUCAUCUGCAGGAGGUAUAUCUGAGUAGGCCAUAAGCGCUAUUAGAACAGUAAAAGGUUUAAAUGGUUAAGAUUUUGAAUAAAAUAAAUAUUAAAGCAUGAUCAAGAAAGCAUUCUAAGUCUCUUUAAAGUUUUCUAUCUAUGAAGGUGUUGGAUUAGGACUUUAAAAUAUGAUGUUUUUCUUUGAUUUUGCUUUGACUUUUUGGGUAGGAUCUAAAUUUAUUGAAGACGAAGUUUAUAAUCAUAAUUAAGGAAGAAGCUAUAAUUUUUCUGAUGUAUUAACUGCAUUUUUAGCAAUUAUGAUGAGCAGCUUCGAAUUAGGCUAAGCUAUGAACUCUAUUAAGGCUUUCACUCAGGCUCGUCAAGCUGGAUUUAACAUGUUUUAAAUAUUAAAUAGAAAAUCUAAAGUAGAUUUAAAUGAGAACGGUAUUGACUUAACUAAAAAAUAAAUCAAUGGAGAAAUUAAAUUUGAAAAUGUAGAUUUCUCUUACCCUACUCAUCUUGAUACAAAGAUUCUGAAAAAUUUAAAUAUCUCAAUAUAACCUCACAAAAAAACAGCUUUUGUAGGUGAAUCAGGAAGUGGAAAAUCAACUAUAGUUUAGCUCAUAGAGAGAUUUUAUGACCCAUAAUUUGGCAAUAUUUAUUUGGAUGGUGUCAAUCUAAAGGACUUUAAAUUAACUUCUCUUCGUUAAUCUAUCGGAUAUGUAGGAUAAGAACCCGUUCUUUUUGCUACUACUAUUAGAGAAAAUCUAUUAUAUGGUAAAAGAGAUGCAACUGAAGAACAAAUGAUUGAAGCUCUCAAAUAGGCAAACGCUUGGUAAUUUAUUGAAAAAUUAGAGAAAGGUUUAGAUACUUAUGUUGGUACAUCUGGUGCUUAAUUCUCAGGAGGCUAAAAGUAGCGUAUUAGCAUUGCAAGAGCUAUUUUAAAAAAUCCAAAAAUUCUUUUGCUUGAUGAAGCUACUAGUGCUUUAGACCGUAAAAAUGAAGCUCAAAUUUAAAGCACUUUAGACUCUGUUUCUAAAGGAUUAACAACCAUCGUUGUAGCCCACAGACUAUCAACAAUACAAAAUUCAGAUGAAAUAAUUGUUUUAGAUAAAGGAGUAGUCGUUGAAAGAGGAACUCAUGAUGAUUUAUUAAAAAACAAUGGUGCUUAUUUUAAAUUUGUAGAAAAAUAAAAAAUAAUAGAAAAAGAGCAAGAAAAAUAAGCUGCUCAUAACAAUAAAACUUUAUGUUUGCUGGGAGAAACAUAAUCAAGAUUAGCAUCUUAGUCUUCUUAAACUCUAAAUACAGAACAAGAAUUUUUAAUGAAGCAGGAAAGUUAAAAUUAGAAUUGCUAAAAAUUGAUUUAGCAAUUUUAAAACUUGAAUAAUAUUAAAGAAGAAGAUGAUGAUAAUGAUGAUGAAGAAGCCUAAAAUAAAGCAAUAAGAAGUUCUUUUAGCAGCUAAACUUAAAACACCCCAAAACAAAUAGAGAUAGUAGAAUAAAAUAUUAUUGAUUUAUAGAAUAUUUAGAAUACAAAUGUGAAGUAAGCCUAAGAAAAGACAAACGAUUAAGGUAUUAUGAAAAGACUUUUUUCUUAUAAUGAGAAAUAAACCAUCAAUUAUGUGCUUGGUUUUCUUUUUGCUAUUGGCAAUGGAGUUUGUUAUCCUUUCAGUGGGUACGUGCUUGGUAAAAUCAGUGAUGUGUUGCUUGAUAGAACAAGAAGUGAUUUUAGAGAACAAAGCAAUUUGUAAAGUCUUUAUUUUUUGAUUUUGGGUUUAGCAUAACUCUUGACAUGUACUUUCUAAUUUUACUUCUUCUCGAGAGUAGCUGAAUAACUUACAUUCAAGUUACGUAAAGAUCUCUUUUAAAAAUAUUUGAAAAUGCCUAUUUCUUGGUUUGAUCACCCUCAUAAUACUCCUGGAUCACUUACACAAAAAUUAUCAACUGAUUGCCAAGCUGUCAAUAAUAUGACAAGCUCUACUCUUGGAAUUUAACUUUCUAAUGUAAGCUCUUUGGUCAGUGCUUUAGCUUUGGCUUUUUCAGCAGAUUGGAGAACAACCCUAGUUGGUUUAAGUCUUAUGCCUUUGAUGGUUUUGAGUUAGGCUUGGUAUAUGAGCAGAAUGGAAGGCUUUGGAGAAAAAACUGAUGCCGCAUUUAGGGAUUCCACCAAUAUGAUAAAUGAAGCUGCUUGUAAUAUAAGAACCGUUACUAGUUUUGGAAACAAUUAGCAAUUAGUCCAAAAUUUUACAUAAAUUUUAGAUAAAAAUAUCAAAGAGAUAAAAAAAUCUGCUCUGGAAGCAGGUCUUGCUAUAGCAUGCACAAAUUUCAUUUUGUUUGCUAUCUAUGGUACAAUCUUUUAUGCAGGAUCUACUUUUCAUAGGGAUUAUGAUCUUUCGAUUGUUGAUAUGUUUAUUUCUAUUUAAUGCCUAAUGUUUGCUGCUAUUGGUAUAGGCUCAAACAGUCAUUAUUUGGGAGAUGUAGGUACUUCAUAAAAUGCUGCAAAGGGUAUUUUCUAAGUUCUUGAUAGUGUAGACGAAAAUCAAUUGAAUAUUUUAAAUUUCGAUAACCAAGAUAUUCACGGAGAAAUAUAAUUUAAGAACGUUACUUUUAAAUACCCACAAAGAGAUUAGAUUAUCUUAAAAGAUGUUUCUUUUACCAUUCCUGCAGGAUAGAAAGUUGCUUUCGUUGGACCUUCUGGAGCAGGCAAAUCUUCUAUUAUCCAAUUGAUAUAAAGAUUUUAUGAUAACUACUAGGGAGAAAUUUUAUUAGAUGGUGUUGAUAUAAAGAACUAUGAUUUGUUGAAAUACCGUUCUAAAUUUGGAGUUGUAUCGUAAGAGCCAACACUUUUUACGGGAACUAUCAAAGAAAAUAUAAUUUACAAUACUGAAAAUGUAAAUGAAUAAUAAAUAGAAUCCAUAACUAAAUAAGUAAAUGCCUAUGAUUUCAUUACUAAUUAUUCAAAAAAUGGCGUUAAUGGAUUUGAUAGAUAAGUGGGUUUGAAAGGAAAUUAAUUAAGUGGUGGAUAGAAAUAAAGAAUUGCUAUUUGUAGAGCUAUGAUUAAAUAACCAAAAAUUAUGCUACUAGAUGAAGCAACAAGUGCUUUAGAUUCACAAAAUGAAAAAAUAGUCUAAGAAUCCCUAAACGAAGCAAUGAAACAAAAAACUAGUAUUUGUGUGGCCCACAGAAUAUCUACUAUUAAAGAUUCAGAUAUGAUCUAUGUGAUGGAAAAUGGCAACAUAGUCGAGCAAGGAAAAUAUGAUUAAUUGAUGAAUUUAAAAAAUAAUUUCUAUAAAUUACAGUUAGGUAGUUCUUAAUGA